GACGUCACUUUAUUUGAGGUUUAUUUGAGGUUAGAACAUGUGUUAAUGGCGCUUUUGAGAUGGCUUCCCAAUUCAGUGAAGACGGAAAAUAUUUUGCCCAUUUAUCCACGGAUGGUAAAUUAAAAAUAUGGGACACAUUGUCCAAUACCUUCGAACAGGAAUUUACUCCCGACUUUCAUUUGACUUCACCAUGUACAUGUUUACAUUUCAUUCAAAACGAUUCUGUAAAAUACAAGGGUGGUUCGCCAAAAAAGAAAAAACGAAGAGAUUCCGAGUCAGUUGUUAGUCCAAAAAUAGUCUUAGGAACAACUUCUGGUGUUUUGCUGUUAUAUUCAAUCACAAAUGCUGGCUUAGAAAAUUCAUUCAAUAGUGACACAAAUCAAGCAAUUAACUGCUUAUCCACCGUUGACCAUAACAUCAUAUAUUCAGGUUUAGAACAGAAUGUUGUUAUCUGGAAUUUAGAAAAACAAAAAGUUAUCAACAAAUGGAAGGUUGGAAAUGAAAAAGUAACAGCAAUAUUGGCAAUACCAGAAAGCAGUCAAUUAUUAACAGCUUCAAGAAACAUUAAAUUGUGGGACCUAGAAGUAAAAGAAGUACUUAGGACAUUUACUGGUCAUAAGUCAGAAGUGAUGUUUCUCUAUUAUGUGAAUCCUUAUUCAAGAGACGGGUCAUAUUUUAUGUCAGGCUCUAAGGGAGACAGAACCCUUAGUUGUUGGAGUUUGAACACCAAUGUCUCAGAGAAAAAUGCAGUUGCUAAUUUCCUUAUGGAGGAUAUUGUUCUUAAUGUUUCUAUAAAUGUUGAGGAUGAUGGAACUACACAAAUGGCUGCUACUGUUAGAAGUGGAGUGGUGCACUUUUAUAGGCAUACAUUAAAUGGCAAAUCUGGUAAGCCAAUAAAGCCCAAAACAACAAUUCAAGUAGUUUCAGAUACUGGUCAAUCUGAAGAAGAAGUAGUUAAUCCUAUUAGAAUUGUUGGUGCCUUUCAUAGAGAUAGUGAAACAUUAUGUAUAGGACAUGGUACAGAUGUGCUACUUACUUUCGAGAAUAUUGUACCAAAUACGUCGAGGAAACUCCAUUGCCUCAUACGGCAGGAUCCUCAGAAGCUCAAGUCACAGAAAAACCUACAAAGCACCAAAACGAUAACACCAGUUGUAAAUGAUUCUGUCCAAUACCUAACACCAGAAACCUCUGUAAUAUCCUCAACGAAAAGGAAAAAUGAUGGCACUUUAGAAGUACCCAUGGAAAAACGGUUAGAAAACCUUAGUUUGGGUAAAGCUGAGGGAGGAAAAGUGCCCAAAGCUGAUAAUGUUGCGCAACUGCUGAUACAGGGGCUACAUAGUAAAGAUAAGAAGAUAUUGAGGACUGUUUUGUAUCAAAAAAAUGAAGAGGUGGUAAGGAAUACUGUCAAGAGGCUACCUGUAACGGCGUUUGUGCCGUUAUUGCAGGAGCUCGCCAGUUACAUCCAAGGAAAAACUUUAUCGAGUCAAAUGGGUUCAAUGUGGAUGAAAUACAUACUUCAAAUGCAUGCCGGAAUCCUAAUGUCGAACCCUCAACUUCCUGAUCUAUUAAGUGCUACAUUGGGAAGUAUACAAAGCCGACUGGGUCUCCUCACUCCUCUGAACAGGUUAAAAGGGAGAUUAGAUUUGCUAAUACCUCAAGUUAGUAGCAGUUUUCAACAGCAUAGUACUGAAAAUGAACAAGCUUUACUUGUAUAUAAUGAUAGGGAUACCAGUGAUUCGGAGGACGAAGAACUUCAAGUUGACGCCCAGUCAGAAAGUGGGAGUGAAUGGGAGGAAGAGAGUAACCCUGAACUUAUUACAGAAAACAACAUAGGUUCGGAUGUAGAAGAAAACGGUGACGGAAAGGAGGAAGAAGAUGAUGGUGGUGAGGAGGAAGAGGAUAGUGGCGAGGAGGAAAAUGAUGAUGAACCGAUGUCGUCGUAACUUUAUUUUUUCGUCUUUGUUAUGUAUAUUACGAAAAAUGAUGCAUUAUCAUUAAUUUUAAUGUUUGACAAUAUUUUGUUAAAUAGUUAAGAAGAGAAAUAUAUUUACAAAACAUUUUUGUAUA